AUGUUUCAUCUGGCAAAAGGUCUCUACAACAAUUGGAAUCGAAAGGAAGUUUAUUCAAUAUUGAUAUUGGGGUUGGAUAACGCCGGUAAGACCACAUUCCUGGAAACUUUGAAGAAGAAUUACUCGUUACACUCAAAGGACUUGGAUAAGAUAAUACCCACCGUUGGGCAAAAUGUUGCACAAGUACCAAUGAGCAAGAGUUGCACACUAAAAUUUUGGGACGUUGGUGGACAGGAAAACCUUCGAGCGAUGUGGCCUGAAUACUACCCUCAAUGCCAUGGAAUCAUAUUCGUCGUUGACAGCACAGAUAGAUCACGUAUAGGUGAAUGCAAUGAGGUAUUACAGACAGUGAUGAUGGAUGAAGAUGUAGAGGGAGUGCCUGUAUUAAUGCUGGCCAACAAGCAGGAUAGACCAGAUGCGAUGGAAGUGCAAGAUAUAAAGCAAAUAUUCAACCAAAUGGCAGAGAGAUUGAGCGCUAGGGAUAGUAGAGUAUUGCCAUUGAGUGCACUUACGGGAGAGGGUGUUCGUGAGGCUGCAGAAUGGCUUCUUAUAAGGUUACAAAGAAAUAAGACAAACAGGCCACCUCAAUACAGGUAA